AUGACAUGGAUUUCAAUAUGCACGGGAAAAUCUGGAUUCGCUGCUUCUUCUACAGCUGAAGAUGUUACUAAAGGAGUUGAUGGAACCGGCCUCACUGCCAUUGUUUCUGGAGCAACGAGUGGCAUCGGAUUAGAAACCACACGUGUGCUUGCCUUACGUGGGGUACAUGUCAUUAUGCCAGUCAGAAACCUUGAAUCUGGUAAAAAAGUGAAAGAAAGCAUUGUUGAGAAAAUCCCAAACGCAAAACUUGAUGUGAUGGAAUUAGAUAUCAGCUCAAUGCAAUCUGUGCGACAGUUUGCAUCACUGUAUCGUUCAAAGGGGUAUCCUUUGAACAUCUUAAUUCUGAAUGCAGGGAUUAUGACUCCUCCCUUCUCUCUUAGCAAAGACAACAUAGAAUUGCAAUUUGCAACCAACCAUGUUGGUAACUUCCUUUUGACAAACAUGUUGUUGGAUACCAUGAAAAAGACUGUGAAAGAAAGUGGGAAAGAAGGAAGAAUCGUUAUUCUUUCAUCAGAGAUUCAUAGGAUGACAUACAAAGAAGGAAUCAGGUUCGAUAAGAUCAAUGAUGAGAAGAGCUAUUGCGCCUUCUCAGCUUAUGGGCAAUCAAAACUGGCUAAUGCAUUGCAUGCAAAAGAACUCACAAGGAGGUUUCAGGAAGAAGGUGUGAAAAUAACUGCAAAUGCUGUGCACCCUGGAGUUAUUGCCACCAACCUUGCACGCAAUGGUGGUUUCAAUGCUGUAUUCUAUGGUAUAUUCAACCGUUUCUUGAAGAACAUCUCACAGGGGGCUGCAACUACAUGCUAUGUGGCGCUGCAUCCACAAGUAAAGGGCGUUAGUGGCCAGUAUUUUGCGGACAGCAACUUGUCUAAAGCAAGCAACUAUGCUCAAGACCCUGAACUCGCCAACAAACUCUGGGAUUUCAGUUUGAGGUUGACGAAUUCAAAGGUUACCGGUUUGGAAAAUAGAGAUUUUCUGAAGAAAUUGAGCUCCAAUCCUCCGAUUCAGUUACAUUACAGUUGGAGACGAAUUGGGUUCAAGAUCGUUGGUGCUAAAAGGUUGCUUUGGUUGGAGAUGACAAGAGGGAAAAGGGGGGUCGUGUGUGAUGUUUCUGGAAUAGAGGGAGGAGACAUGUGUGGUGUUUUUGGGAUGGAGAAAUCAAUGGUCAGUAAUGGAAUGGUAUUCACCGGAAGUACCUAUGUUGCUUUUCUGGAACAGGGCACCUGAAGGGGAGAGAGAGAGAGAGAGAGAGAGAGAGAGAGAAAGAGAGAGAGUACUUAUACUUAGUUUUUUCUUUUAAAAAAAAUAACUGAAAAUAUCAUAAAU